AUGAACCAGAUAACUACUGAAAUGAAAUUAGGAAAAUUUGGAACUAGCAGUGAAUUGCUUUCACAGAUGUCUGACCCUGACAAGUUGCAACAACAAGUGAGAACUGACAGGCACAGAAAUUCCAAUAUUAUAGUUGGACAAAUUACAGGAUACAUGUCAGAUAAGGAAUUGAAAUAUGGAGCGAUCACAACAUAUGAGAGAACAUGUACAACUGAAGAUGAAAGUGAGGAUUCAGGAUCUGACUAUUCAAUAAAGGAAAAAAACAAAUAG